AUGUGCUUUGUCGAGUUCGACGACGAAAAACCCUGCAUACGAGUGACCGAGUUCCGUCCUCAACCGCUGCGCAUCUCCAUCCCAGGACCGCCUCGUCGCCGGCGCAGCAGCAACAGCAGCAGCAGCUCCAGUUCCGGUUCCAGUUCCAGCUCAAGCUCCAGCGCCAGCAGCACCACCAGCAACAGCCACAGUACAACCAUCGUCCAUCCUCCCAGACGACUACGACGACGCUUCUCCGACCACUACUGCUACCGCGACCCCCUUCCUUGUCCGCCGCCCGAGCGGUCCUACACCACCAUCACUCGCACGCGCACCCGCCAGCGCGAGGAGUUCGUCCCCAUUCGGACGUCCCGGCCACGGAGAUGGAAAUGGGUCGAUAUCUGGGAGCGCGACGACCCUGCGCGCUACGUCGAGUAUGUGGAGCCCGAUGAGUGGUCUCCACCAAGGCGAAUCGUCGAGGAGGUGGAGUAUAUCUCCCGUCGGUAG